GCAGGGCAUGUUAGAGGAGGAGUGAGAGGUGGGAAGGUAGAGGUAGGUAGACAGAGAGAUGCAGCACCACAGUGUGUGUGUCUUUGAGGCUGUCAGCAGCGCAACUCUUCAUCCUCUCAUCGGGGACCGCGAUGUGCUGUGGAGCGACGAUGCACAGAUUCUCUGCAGGAGCGGGGAAUGCAGAUAGAAGUUCACCUUGAGCUGGAGUCCAACAGUGCCACUCUGGACCUCUGGGAUUACAAGAAAUACUCAUCGAUCCAAACAGCAGCAGAGGUUUAAUCGGAUCUGACAAUCUGCCGGCCCAAAAGUGGCUCCAGCAUCUAUAACUUUUGGAUUAUAGUCAGAUUUAUACCAGCACGUCUGACAGAGUAUCUGCCCGUCCAGGGCCAGAAAUCAAACAGGUACUUUGUUUUGGCAGAAACUUGCCAGCUGUCACCAAACCUGACAGCAUUCAGAACCAAAAAUUGUGACACCCACCGUUCGUCGUGGAACCCCGCAAAGCCAAGCAGGUCCUGCAGCCCAGGGACCCAGGAGCCAGCCUGACCUUGGGCCGGCUGUCACCUGAACCCCUGCUGGCUCCAGCGGAAACGUCCAGCAUGUCUCAGACCGGAGGACGCUUCCACAACAAGAAGGCCGGGAUCCGGGCCGCCGUGAUCCUGAUCGGACUCCUUCACAAGUCUCGCAAAGCCAAGGAGAAGGAGAGAGAGAAGGAGAGAGAGAAAGAGGAGAGCGAAGGGAAACAGGAGCUGCUGAACAUUUCCACUGUCCCUCUGGGAGAAUGUCCCCCCUCGCCGCCCCGCACUGCACCGCCCAGCAUGAAGUCUGCAGAGUUCUUCGAUAUGCUGGAGAGGAUGCAGGUCCCUAAAGCUGAAGAGACCAAAAGAUGGAAGGAUGACUACAUCCCCUACCCACGGAUAGAAGAUGUCCUGGAAAAAGGUGGUCCAUACCCCCAGGUGAUCCUGCCGCAGUUCGGGGGUUACUGGAUUGAGGAUGUGGAGGCACCGGCAGGGACCCCCUCCUCCUCGGAGUCCAGUUUCUGUGAGGAGGAGGAAGGCGGGGAGGGCAUGAGCCCCGGUGGGGGGCACAGCUACCGCCUGGAAUGUAACAGCACGGCCCGUGCCUACCGCAAACACUUCCUGGGCAAGGAGCACAUGAACUAUUACUGCACCGGCAGCAGCAUAGGCAACCUCAUCAUGUCUCUGAAACACGAGGAGGCCGAGGGACAGGAGUACCUCCGCAUCAUGCUCAGGUCACGGAUCAAAACAGUCCAUGACAGGAUCUCUUUAGCAGGCAUCAACCAGCUGCCCAGUGUCCCCCAGAUUGCAAAGCUUCUGUGUGACGAUGCCACGGGACUGAAGUUCAACCCGGUCCUGUACCCGCGGGGGUCCCAGUUGAUAGUGGCCUAUGACGAACACGAAGUGAACAACACUUUCAAAUUUGGACUCGUCUACCAGAAAUUCGGACAGACGUCAGAGGAGGAGUUGUUUGGGAACAAUGAGGAGACGCCAGCUUUCAAGGAGUUUCUCAGUAUCCUGGGAGACAACAUUGAACUCCAGGACUUUAAAGGGUUCCGCGGCGGGCUGGAUGUGUCCCACGGACAGACAGGGUCUGAAUCUGUCUACACUGUCUUCAGACAGAGAGAGAUUAUGUUCCACGUGUCCACCAAGCUUCCCUUCACUGAGGGAGACGUCCAGCAGCUCCAGAGGAAAAGGCACAUAGGAAACGACAUUGUGGCUGCAGUCUUCCAAGAAGAGGCCACGCCGUUUGUUCCGGACAUGAUCGCCUCCAACUUUCUGCAUGCCUACGUGCUGGUGCAGGUUGAGAACCCCUGUACGGAGAACACAACAUACAAGGUGUCUGUUGCGGCGAGAGAGGAUGUGCCUCCGUUUGGACCCCCUCUCCCGAACCCAGCUGUCUUUAGGAAGGGUCCGGAGUUCCGAGACUUCCUGCUGACAAAGCUGAUCAAUGCCGAAAACGCCUGCUACAAAUCCGACAAAUUCGCCAAACUAGAGGGGAGAACGCGAGCUGCGCUGCUGGACAACCUCCACGACGAGCUGCACAGGCAGAGCCAGGCCGCGCUGGGUCUGGGCCAGGCCGGGGAGGAGGACAAGCUGGAGAACGGGGGACACGGGGGUCUGCUGGAGUCCUUCAAGAGAGCCAUGCGUGUCAGGAGCCACUCCAUGGAGACCAUGGUGGGCUCCCACCGUCACAGGAGCCCAGGGGUGGGGGGCGGGGUCCCAGCCAGCGUGAGCGGAGGAGGACUGCCGCAGAGCACCAGCGAAUGCACAAAGAGCACCUUCACUCCUCCUGCGUUGUCAGCCAAGUCUCCCCUGAAGAGCCCGGUGAAGCGGCGCUCUGGCCUCUUCCCUCGUCUCCACUCCAGCACAGACACCCCGACGGACAAACACACACGCAGUGACCAAAAGUCUGCAGAGAUCUGCCCGUUGUCCCAAGAAGGGAGAUCAGAGACGUCGUCCAACCCCAGCUCCCCUGAGAUCUGCCCCAACAAAGAGAGCAGGCCGUUUAUCAAGCUGAAAGAGUGCAGCGGCGGCAGGCCCAACAUCUCCCGUUCUUCAUCCAGCACCAGCAGCUUCAGCAGCACGACGGGAGAAACAGAGGCUCUGGAAGAACUGGAGACCGCCAGCCAUCCCUCUAUAGCGUCCUCAUCUGCCUUUAGUCCUGCCCUGAGCAUCGACAGCCAGGGAUCAGGCACCCCUGUCAUCAUGUGCCGCAGUCCAACAGCAGAUGGGAGAAGUAAGACGUCACCAAGGUCAAACUUGAAGUUCCGCUUUGACAAAAUAAGCCACUCAUCCACAGCUUCCGAGUAGCUUCGCGGAAUGGAAACCACAGACUUGCACAACAAAGGGACAGUGCGGGCUGACGGAGCUGCAAAACGAAGAAAAACACCACAACAACAACAACAACAACAACCACGAAAUCACUGUAGAACCACUUCCCUGAAGCCAAGGAUAAUCUGACGAGAUUACAAGAAAAGCCCCACACACUAUAAUCGAACUGACAAUACUGUGAGUGUAUAGCGAAGAGAAGCAGCUGACAUGUUGGCUUUCUUUAAAAAAAAAACAAAAAAAAAACCUUUAGCUACAUCAGUGAGUCCAUACUUUGCCAAUGUUACAAGCUGCUGCAUCUCAGUUGUUAGCUGUUUCACGUCACACGGGGGUCCUAGCAUGGCUGUAAAACUGUGAGUGCAGGCCGAGCUAGACUCUGCCUCGGCUUUUUCUCAAGCAUCUUGUUUAACAAAGAGACACGCGGUGAUCUAGGAGAGCGAGUAACACAAGACUGCGGUCCGACAGUUGCUCUUUAAGUUUCCGACUGCCUAGUGCUCAGUGCAGAGAACUGACGACAUCGGGAUGUUCCCUUUUGCCUUUUGCCCUUUGAAAUGGUACGUCUGGGAACAGUUCCUGUUUUUGCUUUAAAAAAAAAAGGUGCACAGACACGCACGGAAACUUGGUGUAGAUUUGCAGUAGCAGCUUUUUAGAGGUUUGCAACCCUGGGAGUAAGAUCUGAGCUUGUUCUCUGCAUAUAUAUAAAAAAAUGCUUUUCUAGGGAACAUCUUUUUAUUUUGGAGAUGCUUUUGUAACCUUGCUAGCCGCUGCGUCGCGUCUGCUGCACUAUAAUAGUUGCUGAAAUUCCGUCCAGUCGGCAUUUCUAUAUCUGUAAGGGUAACUUCAAACCCCUCGACUCAAGUGCUUGGUUAGUGGAAAUGAGCUCAUAUAGGGCACAGUCGGAGACACUGCCAACACAUUUCGCCAUAUGCUUAUUUUAGCCAAAGCUGCGCCUUACAAUCUAUCAAAAGCCCUCUUCACCACUGUUGCUCUCUGUCUGUCUGUCUGUCUGUCUGUCUGUCUGUCCGUCUGCCUGUCCGUGUCUCUCACUAUGUGAGAGGACUAGAAUCCUCUGGAUCCGGUUACAGUACAGUUGUUUGUAGCCGAUCGACUCCCACAUUUGCUGAAAAUAGACGUUGCACUUAUACUGAAAAAAAAAAAAAGAAAAAUUCACCUUCUGAUACCUCCCAUUGAAGCUUGCGAGCUCGGCGUAUCCGUGUUUAUGUUGGGUGAAACUUCUGAACGGGAACCGCCUCUGGGGUUUAAAGUUUCCCAGCAUGUGAACUGAUGAGGAUGACUUGAAAAAGAUGCUUCAGGUUACACGAUCCCCUUUCAACCACCUUGGGAAAAAACACUUUGAAUGUGAACUUAGAUCCUGGUUUUUUUUUGUUCUGUUGUUGUUGGGUUUUUUGUUUUUUUUUUGGUACUUUUAAAUUCACGCUUUGUCAGUUGUUAUUAGACGGUCUCUUAGAAGUAAAUUGCAAGGCCAGUCGCUUACAAGCACAACAGGACAAAAGGUCUAGUCCUCAUCUAGCCUAUACUACUACACGAGCCUGCACAAACUAGAGUAAGCAGAGCAAAGUGGGAGCGUGCUAAUCAUGAAAAAGCUUAAAAGACACACAAUGUGUUUCCUACAGAAUGUGACCAAACAAGCAAGCUGGUCUGUCUUGGGAAGGAUGUCUAUGUAUUCUUACUGUGGAGAGAACCAUUCCUGUCGCUGAGGACGGCGUAAUAGACCAGAUUCCCACUGCGGCCAUUUUCUUCUUACGUUGUGCUCAGGGUGGUAAGCUUGAAUACUGGGAUGAUCUUAUGCUGCUGUGUUGCUGGUCGAAUUAACGUAGGGAAUCUGACAAGUUGUCAUGAAUCUCUUACGGCUUGACCAGGAACUUUAAAGUUACUGAACAAUGAAAAUCUGGAGCGAAAUUUGAGGAAAACUACAUUUUUGAUAACCCAUUAGCUAACGUUAGCAUUCAGCCACUUCCUAGCUAACAUCACUGUUUGAUUACAUCUGUUGGGUUUCACUUCCAGGCUUUAAAAAAAAAUGUCCAAGAUGAGUGUUGAUGUUUCAGAACAAAUUUACACCUUCACCAUCAUAUCGUAUGAUGCUAUCAAACAGUUAUGCUAGCUAGGAAGUGGUUGAAUGCUAACACAAGCUAAUGGGUUAUCACACAUGCCGUGUUACCUUGAAAAAUGGCCCGUUGUCCCUCCAGAUUUCCACAAGUCAUCGUGUUUUCAGUCGGUGAUCAAUCAGGAAGGAGUGAAACAAUAACGAUUUGUCAGAUUCCCUGCAUUGGUACGGCUUGCAACCUGGAACACCGCAGUACCUCGGCUGAGCUUCCUGCCCUGAGCGUGACGUCAGAGAAAAAUGGCUGCCGUGUGAAUAUGGUCAGUAGUGUGUGAAGUUAUGGACUAGAAGCAGGUGUGUGUGUGUGUGCUCAGUUAGUGUUAGACCGGUGAUUACCUCGAAGAAGCGAGGCAGGGACAGAAUUCACACAAAAGCAGAGUGUCCAGAUGUCAUAUUAGUUUGUAGCAGGUAUCGCCUAAACGCCCUGCAGCCUUGUCUCUGUUAUUACGCUUAAUUUAUUGAAACGAUAACUUCUUUUGCGUUGAUGUCAUGUAAAAAUGUAACUGCAGAGUACGCUAAUUAAUAAGGUAAAAAUGAUUAAAGGAAAUAUAUUAAUUUAAGAAGAUGUCUAAACAUAUAUAUGUAUAUUUGGUUAUGUAACGUGCCAUUUGAGGAUUUAUUCUAAAAUAAAAUGUUGUAUUUUGUGUCA